UAAAGCCGAAAAAGAAGAAAAAAAGAAGGCCAAACAGCAAACCGAAAUCUCUAAUCUUAGAAGAAAAAAAUGACACAAGCAGUAAGGCUCAAACUGCGGAUGCAAAAGGAGCUAAAGCUUCUUCUCACCGACCCUCCUCAUGGCGCCUCCUUCCCUUUUAUCUCCCCAGACUCUGAUCUCUCCGAUCUCUCUUCCAUCGACGCCCAAAUAGAAGGUCCUGAAGGAACUGUAUAUGCCAAAGGGGUCUUUAAGAUUAAGAUUCAGAUACCUGAAAGGUAUCCGCUUCAGCCUCCGAUUGUGACAUUUGGUACGCCUAUUUAUCACCCGAACAUUGAUAAUGGAGGUAGAAUUUGCCUUGACAUUCUCAAUCUCCCCCCAAAGGGGGCAUGGCAACCGUCAUUGAACAUUUCAACACUGCUUACAAGUAUAGGGCUAUUGCUCAGCGAACCAAAUCCUGAUGAUGGCCUGAUGUGUGAAGCAAGUAGGGAAUACAAAUACAAUAGACAAGCCUUUGACCAUAAAGCAAGAUCAAUGACUGAGAAACAUGCAAAGGCUGGAGCUGGAGAAAACAGUUGUAGCAAUCAAUGCACUGAAACUAACACGGAUUCGACGAUGAUGGAAGUUCAAGGAUUUGACAAGGAAUCAAAACAUGGUGCUAAUGAGUUUAUUCCUUGCCAUAAAAAACCGCAUGGCAUUAGCCAGAAGUUAUCACUCGAGUCUACUAGCUCAGACAAGAAAAAAGACAGUGAUCAGGAUGUGCCUAGUCAGCACUUCUUUCCCUCUGACUCGAUGAAUCAGAUGGAAGGUAAAAGAAAAAGAGAGAAAGAAAAUGAUGUGUUGAAUGAAUGCAACCUGAACCAUGAGAAAGUUAAUGGAAACGGGUGGAAAUUAUCUCUGAAAUCUUCUAAUCAAUUCAAGGACGAUUUAGAUAACAAGGAGAAUGUGGACCCAAAUUACUUAUCAUCACUCUGUCAACAUCGGGCUUCUUCAGGAUCAUCACUUCUUCAGGCUAGCCGCAUUCAAAAACUUGACCAGCAUCAAGAUGGUAAAUCAGCAAACAGCAGCAUAAAGAGCAGUUCAAAGCAUUGUCAAAACCAGAAACAGCCAUGUGGAUCUACUGAUCCACUGCAAACAUGUGAAAAUGUGAAAAUGCUUGAGACACCUCAGGAGGAAUUUGUUGAUAGAAUGGAAAACGUCUCUGCUACUACGAAAUCGGAAAAGGUUAGUUCAGUUGGUAGGAAGCUUUCACUGGGAUUGAAGGGCUCAUCACAUAAACAACAAGAGAGUAACAAAGAGAAUGUGACGCCAGUUCAUAACUUGAUACUUCCAAAACCCCAAACUCCUGGAAAGAGUGGGCUUGGUCGCAAGCUGUCCCUGGGUCCUUUGACCCAAGUGCAACAGAACUGCGGGCAUAACCAGAAGCAGCAGUCUCAUCGACCUCAAAGUAUCGAUACUGAUGUGGAGAUAAAGCAGAAGGGAGGAAAGGAAACAGAAGAAUCUCCAAUAUCUGAGAUGGUAGUUGUGCUAGAUAGUGAAGACAGCGAGGAGGAAGGGCAUGCCUCCUUGAGGUCGAGAAUGCCAGUAGCACGGAAGCGGCUUGGGAAGUGGAGCGCUAAAACUUGAAUCAAAUGGUUGUACCUUCCAUUAACCUCUUCUUUGCAAAACUCUCUAAUAAAAAUUGGGCUCUUUUUGGUCCUUGAAUAUAUGCUUCCGUAAAUGAACUUCAUGUUUGUACAUUUUGAAGUGUCAAGACUCGAAGGUAGAUAACAUGGUUGUAUUGUACCCACAAUAGAAUCAAGGUAGAGAUUUUGCAUUUUCAUGUA